AUGGCGACCGAGGAGGAGGAGGCUCGCACUGUUUUGGGUUUGUUAAACGGACUAGCAAAACGUGAAUACCUCGGCCAGGAGGAAUUAAGUGAUGAGUUUCUGAAGGAGGAGUUGAUGGCCGAUACAAGUGAAGAGGAUUUCUUGGCAUUGCUGGCUAAAAUCAAGAGUUUGAUGAAGAAUAUAGUCUCGGCCAAUAUGGAUGUGAAUCAACUUGAAGCAUUCCUUACAUCACAGACCAAGAAGAAAGGUGGAAUCAACUCGGCACAAGCAACUGCUUUCAGCAAAUUCUGGAGGAGCAAUAGAACUAAAAUUCACAAUAGUAUUGUUGCCAAGUGCACAUGGGGAAACAAACUGACGGGCAUGAGUUGGAGGAUUGAUAUUAAGAGUCAAGCUAAACAUAUUGAGCAGAUAAAUACCCCUACCGCCAUCGUUGAAUUACAAAUUGCUCAACAGAACUCAGAUCAGGAAGCUGAUGUUGUACGUUUUGAGAUGGACGAAGUGAAAUUAGCGAAAAUAACAAAAGAUCUGGAUGUGAUGGAGGCACAACUAGCUGCUUAUUGCCAAUGACAUAAUCUACAAGAUAGAAACUAUUCCCUGACUUCCUCCAGCCAUAAUAUGAAGUGUCAAUGUUUGAUUUCCGCAUCACACUCGGAAAUAAUUCAUCAUCUGCAAUUUUGUACAUGACUUGAGAUGUACACUCAUCUUCGUGUUGUUCUCCCAAUUGGUGAAUACAUAGUGUAAACUCGGAGCGUGGAGAUGUAAUUAAGUGAAUGUGUUUGGCACAUUAGCUCGUCGAGGAGGAUGUCUUACGAGCAAUUGAUGUUUAACCAACCGUGUUCAGCUAUAUCGUAUUCUAUCUUGGACUGUGAAUCCAUGCCUUGAUCCAACAUAGUAAGUGAGCAACCAUACGUCAAAGUGUCAGCCUGAAGACCUAGUGUUUGACAUUUAUGAAGUACUGUUCUCAAAGCGACAUUGCUUGAAGGAUUAACUGAUAUUUUUCUGUAGGCACAUUAAUCACCCUAUGUGUUGAACAUUCACCAACGCAGGUUGCAAACAUAAACAAAACAGCUUGUGUUUUCUCUAGAGGUUUUGUGUACAUUCAGUCAUUCAUAUGAGGUGAUUGCAAAGUCAAUUAAUAAUGAAAGUCAAUUAAUAAUGUCCCAAACAUAGCCUUGCUCAAAGCAGUCGAAUUAUGCACUCCGAAAAAAGGCCGCCGCUGUAUAAAAACCCACCUGUAUUCACUGUGCGUAACAUCGCACGACACGAUGCCCCCGUACACUAUCCG